GGAGGGGAACUCCGAGCCAGAUUGCUUUUCGUCCCCUCUCUCCUCUCGUCGCAUUUCUUCCUCGGAACCCUAAUCUCGCCUUAAUACUCAAUCUGGAUUCGUGAAAUUGUCUUUGAUCUCUUAUCUUAUCUCGAUAUUGGUAUCCUUUUUCAAUUUUCGCCACCGGUUGGUUCUGUCUGCGAGUCUACCGUUCUUUAAUCUUGUUGGCUUGGUGUCCAUGCGAAUGACGAUACUGGACGAACUUAUUCGGUCGAUCGAGUUAUGGCUGAGGCUGGCCAAGGAGCAGGUGCCUCUGGUGGAUCCUAACCUCGAUCCUGUUCUGCUGGUUCCCGGGAUCGCAGGGUCGAUCCUGAAUGCCGUUGAUGAUGAUGGGAAGGAGGAACGGGUGUGGGUGCGAAUUCUUCGUGCCGAGCAUGAGUUCCAGGAGAAGGUCUGGUCGCAUUUUGAUCCUGCCACAGGUAAGACGGUUUCCUUGGAUGAUAAAACAAGAAUUAUAGUUCCUGAAGAUAGAUAUGGAUUAUAUGCAAUUGAUUGUUUGGAUCCAGAUAUGAUUGUGGGGAGGGAUGGGGUUUGCUAUUAUCAUGACAUGAUACAGGAGAUGAUUAAGUGGGGUUAUCAAGAGGGCAAAACUCUUUUUGGGUUUGGAUAUGAUUUUCGCCAGAGUAAUAGAUUUCAGGACACUCUUGACAAGUUCUCUGCGAAGCUAGAAUCAGUAUAUGUCUCAUCUGGUGGAAAGAAGAUGAGCAUUAUAACCCACUCUAUGGGAGGGCUGCUUGUGAAGUGCUUCAUGAGUCUUUACAGUGAUAUUUUUGAGAAAUACGUAAAGGGCUGGAUUGCAAUUGCUGCACCAUUUCAAGGGGCACCUGGAUACAUUACCACCAGUCUCCUAAAUGGUAUGUCCUUUGUAGAAGGUUGGGAGGGGAAUUUUUUCAUCACCAAAUGGAGUAUGCAACAACUGCUUAUUGAAUGCCCUUCCAUAUAUGAGUUGAUGGCACGUCCCAACUUUAGUUGGGAUGUUGUUCCUCUUUUGCAAUUAUGGAAGGAGAAGCAUGAUGAUUCCGAAACACCUGGUACAUUGCUGGAGUCUUAUGAACCUCUUGAAGCUAUAUCUUUGAUUAAUGAAGCUCUUGCAAAGAAUACGGUUUCAUAUGGAGACAUGCAGGUUCCUUUACCGUUGAAUAUAGAGAUUUUGAGAUGGGCAAAUGAAACUAGUGAAAUUUUAUCACGUGCUAAGCUCCCAAACAGUGUGAAAUUUUACAACAUAUAUGGGACUCAUAAUGACACACCACAUAGUGUCUGUUAUGGGAGCCAAGAAUCACCAAUUUCAGAUGUAGAGCAAUUAGUGUCUGCCGAGGCUAAAUACAUUUGCGUCGAUGGUGAUGGAACAGUCCCUACCGAGUCGGCAAAGGCGGAUGGCUUUGAUGCGGUCGCAAGAGUUGCGGUUCCUGCAGAUCACCGAGGAAUAAUCUACGAUCGGCAUGUUUUCCGGAUACUUCAGCACUGGCUGAAUGCAGGCGAACCAGAUCCGUUCUACAAUCCUCUCAACGACUACGUGGUCUUGCCCACUGCAUUUGAGUUUGAGAAGCACACCGAGAAAAGUAUGCAGGUGACCACCGUGAAGGAAGACUGGGAAAUCAUAUCGUCGGCAGACGCCAACGAGAAGAGACCAGGUGAUCUUCCAGCCAUGGUAGGUUCUGUAUCCGUGUCGUCCGGUGGGGACAAUGAGCGAGCUCAGGCCACUGUUGUUGUGCACCCUCAAAGCCACGUCAGGCAGCAUGUUGAAGUCAUGGCAGUCAGUGUAACCAUGUAAAUACUAAUUUAAUACCAGGAAGGUGAAAUAUGCAAUCUAGUGAUAAUCCAUGUUAUAUUAAAAUAAAUCAUGUACAAAAAUAUUUGUUAUUUGCUGUAUGCAUUUGUAACAAAAAUAAAAUGAAAAUUAAUUGCUUCUGUA